AACUAACAAACGCUAGAACCGUCGAAGUGGCAACUUCGUUCCUCGUCGAUCGCGAAUCAAAACAUUCAUUUGUGGCACAAUAGACGGAAGGAAAGGAGUCGCUUGGAUUUAGCUACGUCGACGCUUGGAACAGCCAUCAAUGAACUAUCCUUCUACCAGUUGACCGCGUUAACGUCGAUAGGACAAGCACGGUGAAUACAAACGAAACGGCGCUCGUGGUAUCUGCUCGCAGCUUAACGCAGUUUGUGACGGUCUACUUUCCCUCCACAACUGCACGACCGAUACUGCACGAUGGGGAUUAUUAUUUCAAGAUUUCGGAAAGAGAAAACCACCUUACAGCUGUUGGAGGCACUGGAGGAAAAAAUAAAAGACAUCGAAGCGUACACAAUUAGUACCCAGGAACGGCGGAAACGUUUCGUGGCACGUUUUUUGGUCACUUCAAUCGGACUGUACGUGGUAGCGUCGUUAAUUUUCUACUUCGCUUUCUUCCCUUCGACAUGGAACGAGCGGAUUGUAUAUUCCGUUCCGUUGCUACUAUGCCCAAUAAUUAUUUUCGUUCUAAAACGCUUACUAGCGUGGCACUAUGAGCGGAAAGUGCUCCGGAACUCGAACAAACUAAAAGACCUGCGCACGGAAAAGAAGAAAAUCCUCGAAAAGGUGAUGGAAAAGGAGACCUACAAGGUGGCGGUAGAAAUAUUGGACAAAUUCGGUGACAAAUCGCAUCGGCUGCAAACGCAAGCAAUCAAUGCCUCCCUGACGCCCUUGCGGGCUCCCAUCAAUUCACCAAAACCGAUUUCCACCGGGAUGCCUCGAAUGCCGGUACCGAGCAUACCCCAGAGUCGGCUUUCUCCUCCCUCGGUGGCGGUUCGUGCACCGACUCCGGUCACCCCGCAAAUGCGACCGAAUCGCCCCAUGCCUGUGACACCCCAAACAGCCCCUGGUUUAAUCAUGCGACAUCAGCAACAGCACCAGAUGAUGCACUCUGGUGGUCAAACGGCGUACAGAAGGACACCUUUUCCCAUCAUUAACCACAACCAGAAGGGUGUUUGGGAGAAAAUGGUGGACUAUUUGGUCGGAGAUGGUCCCGUGAAUCGAUUUGCGAUGAUUUGCAGCGAAUGUUUCAUGCACAACGGCAUGGCCCUGAAGGAGGAGUAUGAGUAUACUGCUUUCCGGUGUGCCUUCUGUGGCACAUUUAAUGCGGCGAAAAAGCAGCGUCCUGUGGCACCCCGACUGCCCUUCGAGCAGGCACAGUUUGACAGGCUUUCUCAGAAGCCUGAAUCAAGCACGGCCUCGGAGGUGGAGGGAGAUGAUGGAGAACGUUCUUCUGCGUCGUCCGAGUCUGGCGAACCACGCAGUCCUGGUGUUGGGGAGGAAGGGCCAGUUGAAUCUGAAUUGGAGGUCCCACAGGAUGAGGCACGAAUGCAACUAGAUAAUCCUAUGGGUGAAUCGGGUGAAGGUGGGUCUGAAACGGUGGAAAAUUCAACUCCAAACGACGAGUCGGUAGAAAGGACUGACACCAAAACGCCCACUGAUACAGCCGUAUCCGAAGUGCCAAGCCGGCCGGAAACUGUGGGAUCGAAAAAAAUUGACUGAAUUCAACUAGUUCAAUUCGUGUCGGAUCACGUUUUGUUUUGUAAAGCUAGAUAUUUUUUUCAUUAUUUCAAUUUUUAUCUAAUCACUCUUUAGCUCUGUCUUAACCAAUUCCCAAUCCAUUCAUCCGCGUAUCUUUUGGAUACUUUUACAACAAACGCUCGAAACUAGAAUGAACUCACUCAUAGACCAGUUGAUACAUUUGCUUUUAUAGCCACACAGGACUUAAACUCAUACUGUUAUUUAGUUGAAGCAUUUAGGGAAGCAACAAGCACGGAGGGCGAAUACAGUUUCACUAGUCAAAAUUGGCUAACCCUGCUUCGGGCAAGUCGUAGAGAUUAGCUUGCAUGUAAAAAGCGAUUAUAAAACGAGUGAAAGUAGUUGCGACUGUAAUUUAAGUGAAACGUUUGCCAACGCAGAAAUAACCGUGCCUGUUAGUGUGUUUGAAAGGGUGGUAAGCAGUAGGAGCAUAGUAUAAGCAGCAUUUUUUGGGGCAGGAAACGAGGAACUAUGAACAACCUGUGGGGUUGAAAUUGAAUAGAGCGAAUUUUGGUGAAUGACCACCACCUUGGAAAGGAAGUUGAAUUUAUAGGAAAAGGAAAUGAUUCGUUUUUGAAGGUUCUUAACUCUUGUUGUAAUUAAAAUCCUACUGUAAGAUAUUGCAAUAAAAGAAUUUGAAGAAGUUUUCUCUA